GCUGCGGGGCGGGGCGGGGUGGGCCUCAGCCCCGGAGUCCCAGCUCGAGCCCCCGCCUUAAGGCCAGCCCCAGCCGAUCUCUGGCCGGAGCUGCAGGCUGCUUCCUGAGGCUCGUCCAGCCGCCGCUCCACUGUCCGUGCCGUGCCUGCAUCCCGGAGUCCGGCUCGACCCGUGGCGGCGCGGCAGGUGCCCCCGGAGCUGCCCACGCACCCACCCAGCCCUCUGCUCGCCGGCCUUGGCCUCCCCUCCCUGGGCGGUGGCCGCCAUGUUCUCGUGUGUGAAGCCCUACGGAGAGCAGAACUACUCAGCCCUGAAGCGGGCCUGUCUGCGCAGGAAGGUGCUCUUCGAGGACCCCAGCUUCCCGGCCACCGACGACUCGCUGUACUACAAGGGCGCCCCGGGGCCUGCCGUCCGGUGGCAGCGGCCCAAGGACAUCUGUGAGGACCCGCGCCUCUUUGUGGACGGCAUCAGCUCCCACGACCUGCACCAGGGCCAGGUGGGCAACUGCUGGUUUGUGGCGGCCUGCUCAUCGCUCGCCUCCCGAGAGUCCCUGUGGCAGAAGGUCAUCCCAGACUGGAAGGAGCAGGAGUGGGACCCCGAGAAGCCCGAUGCCUACGCGGGCAUCUUCCACUUCCACUUCUGGCGCUUUGGGGAGUGGGUGGAUGUGGUCAUCGAUGACCGGCUGCCCACAGUCAACAACCAGCUCAUCUACUGCCACUCCAACUCCCGCAAUGAGUUCUGGUGUGCCCUGGUGGAGAAGGCCUAUGCCAAGCUGGCAGGCUGCUACCAGGCCCUGGAUGGAGGCAACACGGCGGAUGCGCUGGUGGACUUCACCGGCGGCGUGUCUGAGCCCAUCGACCUGACUGAGGGCGACUUUGCCAACGACGAGGCCAAGAGGAACGCGCUCUUUGAGCGUGUGUUGAAGGUGCACAGCCGGGGAGGCCUCAUCAGUGCCUCCAUCAAGGCCUUGACAGCAGCAGACAUGGAGGCCCGCCUGGCAUGCGGCCUGGUGAAAGGCCACGCAUACGCCAUCACCGACGUGCGCAAGGUGCGUCUGGGCCACGGCCUGCUGGCCUUUUUCAAGUCCGAGAAGCUAGACAUGAUCCGACUGCGCAACCCCUGGGGCGAGCGAGAAUGGACCGGGCCCUGGAGCGACACCUCAAAGGAGUGGAAGAAGGUGAGCAAGAGUGAACGGGAGAAGAUGGGUGUGACUGUGCAGGAUGAUGGCGAGUUCUGGAUGACCUUUGAGGAUGUGUGCCGAUACUUCACCGACAUCAUCAAGUGCCGCCUGAUCAACACGUCCUACCUGAGCGUCCACAAGACGUGGGAGGAGGCCCGGCUGCGUGGGUCCUGGACGCGGCACGAGGACCCACGGAAGAACCGCAGCGGGGGCUGCAUCAACCACAAGGACACCUUCUUCCAGAACCCGCAGUACAUCUUUGAUGUCAAGAAGCCAGAAGACGAAGUACUGAUCUGCAUCCAGCAGCGGCCCAAGCAGUCCACCCGUCGGGACGGCAAGGGCGAGAAUCUGGUCAUCGGCUUCGACAUCUACAAGGUGGAGGAGAACCGCCAGUACCGCAUGCACAGCCUGCAGCAGCGGGCCGCCAGCUCCAUCUACAUCAACUCGCGCAGCGUCUUCCUGCGCACGGACCAGCCCGCUGGGCGCUACGUCAUCAUCCCUACCACCUUCGAGCCCGGCCACACCGGCGAGUUCCUGCUCCGCGUCUUCACGGACGUGCCCUCCAACUGCCGGGAGCUCUGCCUGGAUGAGCCACCGCGCUCCUGCUGGAGCUCCCUGUGCGGCUACCCCCAGCUGGUGACCCAGGUGCAUGUCCAGAGGGCUGCUGGUCUCAAGGACUCCCCAACAGGGGCUAACUCCUACGUGAUCAUCAAGUGUGAGGGGGACAAAGUCCGCUCGGCCAUGCAGAAGGGCACCUCGGCGCCCAAGUACGACCUGAAAGGCAUCUUCUACCGCAAAAAGCCGGGCCGGCCCAUCACUGUCCAGGUCUGGAACCACCACGUCCUGAAGGAUGAGUUCCUGGGCCAGGUGCAACUGAAGGCCGACCCGGAUGACCUCCAGGUCCUGCACACCCUGCACCUCCAAGACCAAAACAGCCAGCAGCCCAGCGACCUGCCGGGCACCAUCGCCGUGAGCCUCCUCAGCAGCGCCUCCCUCACGGCCGUCUGACGCCAUCCACCCGCCGUUGGCGUGUCCCCCGCCAGGGGCCGGCCUGGGAGCCGGGACACAGGGUUCUUUUCCCGGCUUUCCCACUGACUCGCUGGGUGACCUUGGGAGGUCGCUGCCCGUCUCUGGACCUGUGUCCCGAGGACCCAAAGCAUUCCUUUCUCACGGAGGAGUCUCCUUGCCUGAGAUGUAACAUAGCCUCCUCCCCCAGCUGUCACCACUACUAGGGGCUCUGUCCCUCGAAAAUGCUUCCCCAAGGCCCUGCUGUCCGCGACGGAGUGCCAAGAAGACGUCACUUGUUUACGCACGAACUGCCCCCUGCCCGAGCCCCAUGUCGCCACUCCUGUCCUGCGCCUACCCCUGCGCCUGCCCCGGGGCCCCAGACGUUGCUUUCUCUGCCACCUGCACCUGCUCUUCCAGCCACCUGGAAAGGACUCUUGGCUCUUGCUGGGUCCCUGCCCAGGCUGGAGUUUGGGAACUGUGCAGGUGACACUUGUUCAUGCUCGAAUCCCAUCCCCCGCCCAUCCAUGUAUUUAUUCAACGGAGAUUUGCCAAGUGAGCAGUGGACGCCCGUGAGACCCUGGGUGGGGCCGGGCCCCUGCCCACAGCUCGGGGGGCCUGGCGUCAGUCCCGGGCUGCACCCCUGCUGCGAGGUCGCUCAGGCGGGUGCCCAGAGGAGCUGCGGCUACCUUCACGGUCCAGGUUCUGGUUUCGCCCCCGGCCUCUGGUCUAAGGGGCCCGGAGAGGUUUUGGCGGUGAUGGGAACGAAGGGUGUCUUUCCGUCCGCACCGCCCUGACAUCAGGAGUGCAUCCAGUUUAGUGGCCGGGGCCCCGGCAGGUGGGGGGCCUGCCGACCCGAGGCGGCGCGUGUUCUCAGGACCCCCUCUGCUGCCAGACCUGGGCUCUCCCGGGAGAGGGGGCUGCAGGGUGCUGGUGUCAAGCCCGCCGGGGUCAGGUCACCCACUGAGUGUGGCGGGAGCACGGUAAAUCCGUCCCUGACCAGGGGCUCUCCAACAUCCCCCAAAACGGAGCCAAGGCUGUCCUCCUGCUGUCCGGACCAAAGCGUCUCUUUCAGUCCUCGACAUUUUGUGUUCUUUCUGGUUUAAACCUCUCCAUUUAAACCUAGAGUAGUGGUUUUUUUUUGUUUUUUUAAGGAAAGCUGAAAGCCUGUGAACCUUUUUUUUCUUCUUAUACCCCAGUUCUUGUGGUCUGCUGAUUUUAUUUUGUUCUUGUUUUCUCUCUGACGUUGUCUGGGUCCACCUGGGGAGGGACAGGCAGGGCUCUCCCCUUCUCGGAGGAGGCCCGGGGGUGGGUUGGGAGGGGGCGUCGGCACAUCGAUGGGGAGCAAACGGGCACCAGGCUUCUGGUGCUGUGGCUGGGCUCUGUCUCCCCCCGCCCCUCCUGGGCCCCAGAACAGGCAGCGUCAGUGGAAGAGCUCAGCUGGUUCAGGAACGGGAAUCCUUUGGAAACCUGAAUUUUCAGCUCCAGGCCUGGCUAUUUGGUCCGGUGUCCUGGCCAGAAGUGCUGGGUCCUGGGUUUUGCCUCCUCACCCCGUGGCCGGCUCUGCUCCCGUGUCCUGGCCCCAGGCCUCUUGAGGGCCAGGAGCUGGACAACAAGGAGGGCAAGAGGACUCCUGGGAAAGCUGGGCCUGGGGCCAGGAUUCUGCCGAAGACCAGGAGCAAGUCAUUCAAACCUCCCGUGCCUCGAUUUCCCCCUUCUGCAAAGUGGGGCCCAUGAUUCCUGGUUGUCAGCACUCUCAGUAACAAGUGUUGAAUAAGGGCAAACUUAUAACUUCUCUCUGUGCAUCCCUGUGUGCGUGCACUCCGUACACACUCAUGUAAUCACCUUUCAAUGUCUGUUUCAAAUGAACACUGAGUUAGGGUGGAGAGGUGAGGGCUGGGUAGGCCAGCUUGGGGCCUCUGGGGCUGAUGUGUGGGUGUUCUCUCAGCCAUAUCCACCGGGGCCUUGAAGCGAACCAGGACCAACCUGCAGACCUGCGGGCUCCAGCGCUGGGGCUGGGCCCUGCUCCCUCCCCCCAACAAACUUGUUCACAGCCCUGCCCGUGCUUCCUGCCCCUCUGGGUGGGCCAGGCUGGUUCCUGGAUGUGUGGGGGUCCCUGGUCCUUGGGAGGCCCUGGGGAUGGGGCAGGUGAUGUUGGAGUUCUUCCAGGCUGGGACUGGAGGGUGGGUGGGAGAACAAUUGCUCCGUGUCCGCCUGACAAGCCGCCGCAGUUCAGUUCACAGGGCCCCGUCCCCGUCUGCAGACGGCGGGGCCUCCGCUCUGGUCCACGCCACAGGCUCCGGGCUGCAUUCUCCUCAGGGCCCAGCCUGGGGUCUGGGAGACCUGUUCUCAGAAUAAAUAUUACCACAAUCCCAGAAACA